AUGUGCGGUAUCUGCUGCAAGUUGAACGACACCGGCGGCUCGGAGGGGGAGUGCGUGGGCGCGGAGGCGGCGGCCAACAGCGCGAUGCUCACGUCCGCGCUGCCGGACACUUGGCCAGAUCCAUACUAUAGAGGACCGAACGUGUCGGUCCGGCUGUGCGCGGGCGCGGAGGGCGCGUGCCGCGUGGCGGAGGUGCGCGCGUGGCCCGCGGGCGGCGCCUGCGUGGCGCUCAACGCGGUGGGCGUCUGCGCGCCGCCCGCGCUCUGCAAGCACUCGCGCGGGCCGCGCUCCAACCUGUACCCCGACAUCAUGAGCAUCAAGCUGUUUGGAAAAAAAUCAUCGACAAGACUAAUAACUACUCCGACACAUUUGUUGACAUCCUUUAUUGCUAUAAUAUUUGCACAAUAA